AUGAUACUGUAUAAUGGUACACAUACGCCAAAGCGUAAACUUUCUCAUUCCGGAGAUCGAGUUUUUUAUCGACUGAUUGGUCCGUCAUGUAAUAGUCGGGCGAUAGAGGUUCGCGCAUAUCCGGCAGAUGCCAGUGGAGCUGCGUUAAGCAAGUAUCAACUUUCGGCAGGUGUUGUCGACGGAAUUGGAAAAAUGACCUAUGUGGUUCGAGAUGGUAUUUUUGGUCCGUAUCCGAGAAUGAAGGAUCGUUUAGGUGUUUUAUGCGGAUUUGGUGAUUGCGGAAGAGGACGAUAA